UCAUGGCGGCUGAUUUGAGACCGAAUAUGAGCGGGAAUAAGUUAACGGCAUUUCUGCAACUGACAGAUUUAAAAUUGGUUUCUGCAUCGUCAGAAAAGCUAUAAUAACUGUAGAGAUAAAAAUGGAAGAUUCUGACAAUGAUACUACUGAUAAAGAUACAGAUGGAACAGACAAAUCUUUCUCAGACUCUCUAGAAGCCUUUCAAAUGAAUAAUGAAGACCUGAGUGCAGAAGUAAGGAGAAGAAGAAGAGCAGAUGAGCAGUCAAAUGGUGCAGACUCUGCAGAGGAACAGUCAGGUGAAGGGCUGCCAGAGACUGAUGAACUUGAAAGAAAAAUGGAGGAACUGGAAGCAAACGUGAGGAGACUACAGGAUGAGGAACAGCUUCUGAAGCGGAUGUUAUCCAGUGCAGUCACAAGGAGCCAGCUAGAGAAUAGAUUGAGUUUUUAUAAAUUCUCAGGUCUCUAUGUCUCAAAGUUCACUGACAGUAAAUUAUGUGUGGAUCUGACACCAACGCUGCAUGGUAAACGUUCUGGAUGUUUCAGUUACUAUGUACAGUUCCGAAUUUUAUCUGAUGAUU